CCUCCCCGAACCGAAACCCAGCCCACCGCACACCACAACACAUGCAGGCGCACAUGACAAGUGCCCUUCCCAGCCCAACUUGCCUUUGUCUCGCUCGCACACGGACCUGGUCGUAUUCUCCAAAGCUACCGUGGGGGUUUUUUUUAUAAUAUAUGUGUAUACCAGAUAGCAGCUGCUACUCGAACUUGCAUCUGGCUGGCAGACACAAUCACGGAUGUGCAACUGGAAGUCCAAAACUCUCGUGGUGGCAUUAAGCGCUUCUGUGGAUGCAACAGCUCUCUCUCUCUCGUGAUCUGUGCAUGGAGACAAACGUUACCUCGGAAGGCAGGAGGACCACAGUCAUAUAGUGCCACACAUCUGACCGGUGUAUGUCCAGACUACAUGAUAAUGUUUUAAGGGAGGAAAAAAAAUACAUUUGCCUAAGGAAUCCCUCGGAAACUACCGCAGUCGGAAGGUUCCGAAUAUUAGAGCGGACACGCCGACAAUUUGUACCACAUUGUCGCAGCCUGCGUGUCCCUGGGAAGUAAUCAUUGUGCGUACAUACAUACAUACAUGCAUAAUUCCAUAACGUGAUAAUUACAACGCUGUUUAGGCUGCAAUAAUUGUACAUGCCGUAUGCACACACGUCCGUUCAGUCAAAUGAUCAUUUGCAGCUGUGGCACAUAACCAGAUACCCAGUACUGCUUUGGCACUGAAGACAGGGCAGGCGGAAUAGAGGUACAAACGAUACAUUGACAAGAGGCACACUGACAGAGAGGGCCAUAGACCCAGACAACAACGAACAAGACGAGGCACACAGACCAUAGCGCCCUGUGAGAGACAAAUGAACAGAGGCAGACAAUCAUAGCUACAUCUAGACAACAACACCAGCUUGGACAAGACAAACAAUAGAUAUAGACAACACAAGAGGAGAGAGAGAGAGACAAUAGAAACAGACAAUAGGACGAUGGAGAGGCAGGCAAUGGACAACGCGGGCGAGACGGAGACACGGGAAAGAGGCCCGGCUCCGGCUUCGGGGCCGUCACAGGUCCCCGGCUGUGCGGCCUCCCUCCGGGCCCGGCCGAGGGACGGGAGAGACGGCGGCCGUCGACCCGGGGGCUCCGCGGGCCCCAGCGGCCUCGUCAAGGAAGGGGCCGAGGCCACGUCUGCUGGAUCCGAGCAAGUGGAUGCGUUGUUCGCGAGGAAGUGCAAAGAGCUGGAAGGCUUUAUCAAGCCUCUCACAGCCAUUCUGAACGGGCUCAAGAACGGACGCUACGGGAAAGGGCUCAGUGGUUUGCAGCAGAACGUUGCCAUUGACCGGAUACAGAGGAUUGUGGGAGUGCUGGAAAACCCAGGCAUGGGUGGAAAGUACCUGGCCACCCUCCAGCAGGUGGAGAUGAUGCUCAAGGCCUGGUUUCCCAAGGUAAAGCCUCAGCCAUCAACCAGCGCCGAGCGAAUGCAGAAUGUACACCCUGCUUCUGACUCAAGAAUUCUUCCCCAUGACAAGCUAAACGGCGAUGUAACGAGCCCAAAUCCAAAAUUAACAAUCGCUAACCACUGCCAAACCUUGCAGAGCAAUGCGGCUUUGGCGUUUGUGACGGCACAAGACCCACCGCAGGAUCACAGUGAGGACAGCACAAUCGAUCUCAAGGGCAUGCCCCCAACCAGCAUCACGUGGACGCACGUUGCCCCGAUUGCGUGCCCGGCGCUCGGCGAGAAGGCAUCGUACGCCACAUCGACUGGCGGCAUCGCUCACUCUGCCACGGGCUCUCACGUGCCGCCCGAUUCCGGCGCGCAAUUCCGACGGUGCUGCAGCCUGCCCGCGUCACUGGGCAGUGCGGAGUCAUCGCCGCGCACUUCUCAAGGAAUCUCGCCCAGCCACGCCAGCGCUUCCCCCAGCUCGGCCGACGUCUUUGUCCCGUUAAAUCACCGACCGGUCGCAGACUGCGCCCACCCCCAAGACGGACGCAAGGGCACAAGAUCACCGUCCUCUAAGGCACGCGAUUUGGCAGCACCGAGAGAAUUCUGGGCGGAGCAGGCACCUGCUGCUGCUGCUACUGCUGAAGCAGCCGCGGGCCAGGACGCAGUGGGGCGGCACUCGUUGCCACGCUUUUCCCAACAGCGGGAGCGCGAGGCCUCGCAUACUCGCAGGGCGCCAGCUCCAAGCGACUGGUUCAGCCUCAAUAGUUGCUACCAGGCGGCGGCGGUGGCGGCGGAAGAAGACGCAGGCACCUCCAGUCGCAUGGAAAACGAGCGUGCGGGGGGCAUGCACGGCGGCGUGAAUCGCAAGAGAAGGCCCACAGAGUCUGUAGCACCUGGAACCCUUGUCGUGCCACGGCUCAAGAUGGCACGGCAAAAAUGCGAAAUCCCAUCUCCCCCCCACGAGCGUGGGCACAACAUUUAACAGGUUGCUAAACACAAUACGGCAAUUGUAGCAAUAUUUUUUUCUCAAAUUUUUUUCAAACUACUUUUAUGCAACGGUUAUCUCAGAAGCCUUGAGUGGCAAUCAUCUUGAUGCGAAACCUUUUUUUACACUUGCCGAUCAUUUUAUAUUCAUACAAAUCGUAUUAUCAACAGCAUAUGAAAUAAAAACUGAAUUUUCGUGAAUUAAUGGAGUUUUAGAUUAAUGUAACCCUUCCAGUGCUAUAUUAUUGGCCGUAGUGUAGUGUAUGAUGCAGUCUAUUUAUACUGCACGAAAUGGCACGGUAAAAGUUAUCACUGUUUUGUUUUAAAAUGUGUUAUCGUCUUACCAAGUCAUAUUUUCAUUAUUCCUAACUUUUUAUACACUGCUGGUGAGCCAAGUGCAGAGGACAUUUGUGAAUGUGAUUUGACGAUUGCUUCUUCGUGGACAAUACAAAUGUACUUUUGCUAUUUCAGAAUUGCAUGUUUAAACGACUUUGUAAUUGUGAAAAAAAAUAGUUCCGUAUUUUAUAGUUGAACAUUCGAUGUGGUGCAACAGGUAAAGAUUAGUGCAUGUUAGCUGCACCGGUGUUCAUGCAAAUUUGUGGAUUGUUCGUGUUGGGUGCAGCCUUCAUGAUAUGC